AAAAUAGACUAAGUUUUCAUAAAUUUUGUCAAGUGAUUCUCCUUUGGUGACAGAAAUGCAAUUACAACCUCCAGCUUAUGAAAGUCUUGCAGCUGUAGACAAUAUGACUGGUGAUGAUAAUUCAAAUGGUAAUGUUGAACAAGGAAUUAUUCAUCCAGUCAGACGACGACCAUUCGGUAAAUCUCUACGUAAUCGAUUGAAUCAUAUUGUCAGUAUGUAUAUACCUGGAAAUAAUCUUACAGAAAACCGACUAGUCGGUAUUGACGAGACAACAGAUCAUACAGGAUUAUUAUCUUCUAACGAAAGUAAAUUAGGAUUUCCUUCUACGAAAGAUGAUGAAUUAUAUGAUAUAAAGUUAAUUUAUCCAGGUGAUCAAUUAAUCAAAGGUGUUCUUCACUAUGCUAGUCUACCAGAUAAAUUUUCGCUUAAUGAAUCUCCAAAAAUCACAUGUCUGGCUGCAGAUCAUAAAAUAAUUUAUGUUGGCUUAGAAGAUCUGCCAUAUAUAUUUUUAAUUUCUGCUGAGUCACGUGACUGGAAUGAUCAAAAUUAUCAUAAAUUUGAAAGUAAUCAUUACAAGGGUUGUUUACAUCUUCAUUCUACUGGAGUUGGAAAUAUUCUACCUAAAGAAUUAUGCGCUCAUACUACUAAAACCAAUCAUACAUUCCUCUACAUCGUUGGAACUAUACAAACUGAUAAUAUGAAUGAAGAAAGGAAAUGGAUUUUGAUAAAAUUUGAUUUGAAUGGUCAACAAAUUGCUCGUAGUCGUACAUAUUCAUAUCAACGUUAUUCUGGUUUAUCUGUGGACACUAAUGACGAUCAUUUAUUGCUUGCUUGUCCUUCAAUCAAUGAAUCAAACGCAUCGAAUAUUGAUUCUCCAGGACAAAUAUGUAAGUUAACCCCAGGAUUUGAACGUCGAGUUUUCUCUAUUACAAUGGGUAAAGAGUCUGUUUUCUAUAAACCAAAUUAUGUAACACAAGAAACAGCCGGUCAUUGUUGUUGGGCCUCUGUUGAACGUAUCCAUUAUUCUACAGAAAAUACAGAAAAUAUUCAUCAACCUACAAGAAGACUUUUAGCAUUUCCUGGACGUCAGCCUGUUGGUGGAUUAAAACAAAGUGCACGUGAAUGGUUACAUGCUUAUUCAUGGGAUUUCGCUGAUUUGAGACCGGGUAGAAUAGCUGCUUUCGAUGCUGAUCGUUUAUUGGUGAUUGAUGCAGAGAAUGGAACACUUUCUUAUAUUACCUGGGUAAAUAAUGAGGAGAAACCAAACAUGUAUCGUAUUACCCGUCCAUCAUCAAAACCUAUCCGUCUACUGUAUUCAACGUACAAUUCGAAAUGUUUAUCCAAUGAAUCGAAUAAAAAUAUCGCCUAUUUUGUAGCUGGUUCUAGUAUAUUCUCUUUCUCAUUUUACCCCGAUACUUCUGCCACAAAAACAUUCAAUGAUAAUAGUAAUAAUAAAAAUGACAAUACUAAUGCUACUAAUAAUAAUCACAUGAGUAGUAGAGUCAGUCACGCAUAAAUCAUCCAUUUUUUUGUCGGUUACCAUUUACUGCAAAUUUCUUCCCCGUCGUCAUAUUUGCUAAUUGAAUUAAUCAUCAAUUUAUUUGUAUAGUUUAAAUGAUAAUAUUAACAAAAUCUUAUGACAAUGGACCCAAUUGAAAUUUAUGCAGUUGUGAAAAUAUUAAUGUGUGUUUUUAUUGAUCAUUGCACUGAAUUUCUAUGUUCAACGACAUCGUUUGUUUACGCAAUUUAUGGUGACCAUCAUUAAAACUUAAUAUAACCUGUUUGAUUGUUAUUACUUGAUCAUAAAUGAAUUUCUUAUCAUUUUCAAUGUUAAUCUCUUCCUUUAAAUGGUUCAGUAAUUCAUUUUUAUGAGGAGCACAUUACUUUCAUUUAUUUUUCAACCUGUUGACUAGAGAAAAGCCAUUGUCUUUUGAAUUCCGCGUAUCAAAUAUAACAUGAAGUUACACGUAACUUAUAGUAAUUUGAUUUAGUAUCCGUCAAAAAUAUCAACCUUUCGAAAAUAAACGAAUAUAAAUAUAGUGUCAAAGAUUACCAAAGCUUUGGAGUUACAUUUGUUAUAUUCUCUUUUAAACAAAGAAACAUUGAACUUUGAAUUCCAUGAAAUUUAUCAAAAGGAAUUUGUUUUAAAUCAUCUCUCUUUUUUUAAUUAUGAGACUGAAACAAAAACAAAUUGCCUAAUAUUGGUAAUAAUAAUAAUAAUAAUACUAGGAAGAAAAGUGUACAAAUGAUGAAGCUAAUAAUUGGACAUUGAGAGAAAGGAUUAUCUACUACAAUUGUCCCAAUUCUUGUUAAUGUCAUUUAUACUUCUUUUCUUAAAAGAAAACAACAUUCUUUUCAUUAUUAUCGUGUUUGUUUUCUUAUUACACAUUUUGUAUUCGUUAUUUAUAUUGUUUUCCUAAAUAGUAUCUACUUUGAUGAUGUUUGGAAAUCGAAUGUAAUAUUUAUAUAAAUGCACAAAUGUUUAGUUUCACGUGUGUAUGAGUAUAAAGUGAAGGUUUGUUUGGAUAUACUUAUUGAUAUUUCUAUUAUCGAUGAAUACUGGUUGUAUUUAUU